CCUGUCGGUGGGGGCAGCAGGAUGCUGGUGGAAGCACAGGGGGCCGGCCGGGUGCCUCCGCAGCUCGGCUGGCAGGGUCCGGCGGGGCGUGUGCGGCUGCUGGUGCAAGCCCCCCCGCCCUACCCCUCCCCAUGCAGCCCUGGCAGUGCCUCCGGCGCUUUGCCCUGGCCUGGUGGGAGAGGACAGCGGAGGGCAGCGCCCGAUCUUCCAGGGAGGAGGCUGGACCGAGGGACCCCGGGGGCCGAGGGGAGCCAGAUCCAGAGCGGAGCAGCCCCCCUAUGCUGUCUGCAGACGAUGCUGAGUACCCGCGGGAGUACCGGACCCUGGGGGGCGGGGGCGGUGGGGGCAGCGGGGGCCGGCGCUUCUCCAACGUGGGGCUGGUGCACACAUCCGAGCGCCGGCACACGGUGAUCGCCGCCCAGAGUCUGGAGGCGCUCAGCGGGCUCCAGAAGGCCGACGCCGACCGCAAGCGUGAUGCCUUCAUGGACCACCUGAAGAGCAAGUAUCCCCAGCACGCCCUGGCCCUGCGGGGUCAGCAAGACAGGAUGCGGGAGCAGGUUGGCGGCUGGACCGUGGACCCCGUGUGCCUCCUCAGCUCCCUCUGCUCCCACCUCCAUGGCGACUCCGCCCCCUCCGGGGCUGGCCAGCCGGCCCAGCAGCCAAACUACUGGAGUUUCAAGACCCGCAGCUCACGCCACACUCAGGGAGCCCAGCCUGGGCUGGCAGACCAGGCGGCCAAGCUGUCCUACGCCUCGGCUGAGUCACUGGAGACCAUGUCGGAGGCUGAGUUGCCCCUGGGCUUCAGUAGGAUGAACCGCUUCCGACAGAGCCUGCCCCUCUCCCGCUCAGCCAGCCAGACCAAGCUGCGCUCACCAGGGGUGCUGUUCCUGCAGUUCGGGGAGGAGACUCGGCGCGUGCACAUCACGCACGAGGUCAGCAGCCUGGACACCCUGCACGCACUCAUCGCGCACAUGUUCCCGCAGAAGCUCACCAUGGGCAUGCUGAAGUCGCCCAACACAGCCAUCCUCAUCAAAGACGAGGCUCGCAACGUCUUCUACGAGCUGGAGGACGUCCGGGACAUCCAGGACCGCAGUAUUAUCAAGAUCUAUAGGAAGGAGCCACUCUACGCUGCUUUCCCUGGCUCACACCUCACCAAUGGGGACCUCCGGAGAGAGAUGGUGUACGCGUCGCGGGAGUCGUCGCCCACGCGGCGCCUCAACAACCUGUCGCCGGCGCCGCACCUGGCCUCCGGCUCGCCGCCGCCGCCAGGGCUGCCGUCGGGGCUGCCGUCGGGGCUGCCGUCGGGCUCGCCGUCGCGCUCGCGCCUGUCGUACGCCGGGGGGCGCCCGCCCUCCUACGCCGGCAGCCCGGUGCACCACGCGGCCGAGCGGCUGGGAGGCGCCCCCGCCGCCCCGGGCGUCAGCCCGAGCCCCAGCGCCAUCCUGGAGCGGCGCGACGUGAAGCCGGACGAGGACCUGGCGGGCAAGGCGGGCGGCAUGGUGCUGGUGAAGGGCGAGGGCCUCUACGCCGACCCCUACGGGCUGCUCCACGAGGGCCGCCUGAGCCUGGCCGCGGCCGCCGGCGACCCGUUCGCCUACCCGGGCGCCGGCGGCCUGUACAAGCGCGGCUCGGUGCGCUCGCUCAGCACCUACUCGGCCGCCGCGCUGCAGUCCGACCUGGAGGACUCGCUGUACAAGGCGGCGGGCGGCGGCCCGCUCUACGGCGACGGCUACGGCUUCCGCCUGCCGCCCUCGUCGCCGCAGAAGCUGGCCGACGUGGCUGCGCCCCCCGGGGGCCCCCCGCCGCCGCACAGCCCCUACUCAGGGCCGCCCAGCCGCGGCUCGCCGGUGCGCCAGUCCUUCCGCAAAGACUCGGGCUCCUCGUCGGUCUUCGCCGAGAGCCCCGGAGGCAAGACCCGCAGCACCGGGGGCUCCUCGACGGCCGGAGCCCCCCCUCCCGAGCUCUUCCCCGGGCCUGGGGAGCGCCCGCUCGUUGGGUUCGGGCCGCCUGUGCCAGCCAAGGACACGGAGACCCGGGAGCGCAUGGAGGCCAUGGAAAAGCAAAUUGCCAGCCUCACAGGCCUGGUGCAGAGUGCCCUACUGCGAGGUUCGGAGCCUGAGACCCCCAGUGAGAAGAUUGAAGGCUCCAAUGGAGCAGCCACCCCCUCAGCACCCUGCGGGUCAGGCAGCCGGAGCAGCGGGGUCACCCCAGUGUCCGGCCCUCCCCCGCCCUCGGCCAGCAGCACCCCUGCGGGGCAGCCCACUGCCAUCAACCGUCUGCAGAUGCAGCUGCACCUGCGUGGCCUGCAGAACAGCACUAAUGACCUGCGCGGCCAACUUCAGCAAUUGCGGAAGCUCCAGCUACAGAACCUGGAGUCGUUGCGCGCGCUGCUGAAGGGCACGGAGGCGGAGCUGAGCCUGCGCGUGUCGGAGGCGGCGCGGCGGCAGGAGGACCCGCUGCAGCGGCAGCGCACCCUGGUGGAGGAGGAGCGGCUGCGCUACCUCAACGACGAGGAGCUCAUUACCCAGCAGCUCAAUGACCUGGAGAAAUCGGUGGAGAAGAUCCAGAGGGACGUGUCCCACAACCACAGACUGGUGCCCGGGCCUGAACUGGAAGAGAAGGCGCUGGUGCUGAAGCAGCUCGGGGAGACGCUGACUGAGCUCAAGGCUCACUUCCCAGGCCUGCAGAGCAAGAUGCGCGUAGUGCUGCGUGUGGAGGUAGAGGCGGUAAAGUUCCUGAAGGAGGAGCCACAGCGCCUGGAUGGGCUACUCAAGCGCUGCCGUGGGGUCACAGACACGCUGGCCCAGAUCCGAAGGCAAGUGGAUGAAGGUGUGUGGCCACCUCCCAGCAACCUCCUGAAUCAGUCCCCCAAGAAGGUGACAGCCGAGACUGACUUCAACAAGAGCUUGGACUUUGAAAUGCCACCCCCCAGCCCUCCACUGAAUCUCCACGAGCUGAGCGGGCCGACCGAGGGGGCCCCUCCGACCCCCAAGGCGGGCAACCCCUCCAAAGGCCUGGACACUCCUGGCAAGAGAAGCGUGGACAAGGCUGUGUCUGUUGAGGCUGCCGAGCGGGACUGGGAGGAGAAGCGGGCGGCCCUGACCCAGUACAGCGCCAAGGAUAUCAACCGGCUGCUGGAGGAGACUCAGGCAGAGCUGCUGAAGGCCAUCCCUGACCUCGACUGUGCGAGCAAGGCCCACUCCACCCCUGACCACAAGCCCCCCAAGGUCCCCCACGGUCAGAAGGCAGCCCCUCGAACGGAGCCCAGUGGGAGGAGAGGCUCAGAUGAGCUGACAGUGCCCCGAUAUCGCACAGAGAAGCCCUCCAAGUCACCCCCGCCGCCCCCUCCCCGCCGGAGCUUCCCCUCCUCCCAUGGCCUGACCACCACACGCACCGGAGAGGUCGUGGUCACCAGCAAAAAGGACUCGGCCUUCAUCAAGAAGGCCGAGUCUGAGGAGCUGGAGGUGCAGAAGCCCCAAGUGAAGCUGCGCCGGACCGUGUCCGAGGUGGCCCGCCCGGCCUCCACACCCCCCAUCAUGGCCUCUGCCAUCAAGGACGAAGACGACGAGGACCGCAUCAUCGCAGAGCUGGAGGUGUUUGAGAGAAGCUCAGUGUCUCCCCUCCCCCUCAUGCCCCGCCGCCAGCCGAUCCCCACCUUGCUGUCCCCCCAGGACCCGGGGCCCCCCGGGGGCUCAGACCCGGGCCCCACCUGGAAGGCUGCCACGGGCCCCAGGCCCUUCUGCGUCCCCCAGAUCAUCUUGACGGAGUGUGCCCCCAGCCCUCCCUCCCCACCAGAGGCCAGGCUUGAGGAACGCGGUCGCAGGACGGCCCCCACCCCACGACCCCGGACCCUGGCUGGCAGUGGGAGGGGCUGGGAUAAGCCACGGGCCCCACCAGGGGUAGUGGCGGAGGCUUCCCAGCCAGGGAGCAGCUCGAUGCUGGAGAAGGAAGGGGCUGCCCUGAAGAGACUGGGGACACAGGGCUGCAGCCCAGAAAAGGGAGGAGCUGGGAUCCCCUGUCCUCAGGGUCCUGCCCCAGACAGGACCAAGGAGCCCUCCACGGCUGAGACCCCCCCAGAAGAGACCCUCAGGGACUCUGGACACGAUGCCCAACCCUGCAGUGGGGAGCGCGGGGGUCAGCGUGCUGCUGGCCUGGGCUGCACGGGGCGCAGUGCCACCACCCAGCGGACGGACAGCCUGGAGGAGACGCUCCGGGAGCUGGAAGCCACCCUGAGCCAGAUGGGCACAGCCGCUGCCGCGGGGCCCCCUGGCAGCCCCCCACCCCUGCCCCCUGGUCCGCAGAGUGGGGGUGGCAGCGUGCCACCCAUGAAGGUGGUGACUCCGGGGGCCUCUCGGCUGAAGGCGGCCCAGGGCCAGGCAGGCAGCCCCGACAAAGGCAAGCAUGGCAAGCAGAGGGCGGAGUACAUGAGGAUCCAGGCCCAGCAGCAGGCCACUAAACCGUCUAAAGAGAUGAGUGGGUCGAAUGAGACCUCAAGCCCAGUCUCAGAAAAGCCCUCUGCUUCCAGAACCUCCAUUCCUGUAUUGACUUCCUUUGGGGCGAGGAAUUCUUCCAUCUCCUUCUAGAAGCCUGCUUACACCCCCGCCCCAGCCUGCCCCCUCCCUCAUCCCUGCCAUUUCCCUCUCUCCUCUGCCUCCCUUGAUCUCCCCCCCAUCCCCACCCUAUUCUCCAGACCCUCCGAAGGGUUUCCCACGGAUGUGGCCCUCCUCGGCUCUCUGCCCAUCCCCUGUUGGUGUUUUUGGUUUUGUAAAUGAUUCACUUUUAAUUACCUUUUUUAAAAAAAAAAAAAAAAAAAGCAAACCAGUAAAAUGAAAAACCAAAACACACCACCUUCCCUUGAUUUCCGGUUCCAAAAUGGCGCACUUCCUGUCAUCAUCCCUGCUUUUCUCUUUCCCCACUUUCCCUCCCAAGUCCAUCCAGAAGUUCCUGCACACCUGCCCUCCCUUUUUGUCUCCCCCACACUUGUCCUAAGAGCACUCCAAACAAACUCUGAGCCAUGGAGGCUUGGAACCGUGAGACACCCCCCUCUCCCCUUCCUCGGAAAUCUUCCUGGAGGAAAACCUGGACGUUGGACCAACCCCAAAAUCAGGCUGGAAAAUGGGACGUAGGGAGACUUUGGCCCUGGAGGUGCCCCACCCAUCCAGCCUCGGGAUGUGACUGAACUGUGUUGCUUCUCUGCUCCCGUCCACACAUGCCUGGGUAGGCCUGGAGUCAAGAGAGACGAGUUGGAGAGGGAGGCCAGAGUUGAAGGGGCCUCAGGGUGAUGUGAGGCCAUUGAAUCUGUGUGUCCUUGGAGAGGAGCUGGCUUUCCCGGACCACCUUCUUGGGGUGAGGAGCUGCCUGGCCUGUGCUGAUUGGAGGAAGGGGCGCCUUUGGACUGCUUGUUGUGGACGGUGGGUUGAACAGACAGCCUGACACUGGGGAUAUUGCCUUGGGAGAGGGCGGCCCCAAGGAGGGGUAUUUGGUACUUUUAGUUUCCUAAUUUAGCACUUUAAAUGACAUUAACUUAUUUAAUGGGGGUGGGGUAGGCAAGAAUGAA